AUGGCAUCCCCGGCAGCCCGAGUCUGUGAGCAGCGGGCGGCCGCUCAAGGCCUUGGCUCCAGCCAGGAGGCCGUCAGAUACCGGGGCCAGGACUUUGAGACCCUCAGGCAGCAGUGCUUGGACUCAGGGGUCCUCUUUAAGGACCCAGAGUUCCCAGCGUGCCCAUCGGCCUUGGGUUACAAGGAUCUGGGACCCGGCUCCCCGCAAACGCAAGGCAUUGUCUGGAAGCGGCCCCCGGAAUUGUGUCCCAGCCCCCAGUUUAUCGUUGGUGGAGCCACACGCACAGACAUUUGUCAGGGGGGUCUCGGGGACUGCUGGCUUCUGGCGGCCAUCGCCUCCUUGACCUUGAAGGAAGAGCUGCUUUACCGGGUGGUGCCCAGGGACCAGAGCUUCCAGAGGGACUACGCGGGGAUCUUUCAUUUCCAGUUCUGGCAGUACGGCGAGUGGGUGGACGUGGUGGUGGACGACAGGCUGCCCACCAAGGAUGGGAGGCUGCUCUUCCUGCACUCGGAAGAAGGCAGCGAGUUCUGGAGCGCGCUGCUGGAGAAGGCCUACGCCAAGCUCAACGGUUCUUACGAGGCUCUCGCCGGGGGCUCCACAGUGGAGGGGUUUGAAGAUUUCACGGGGGGCAUCUCUGAGUUCUUUGACCUGAAGACGCCGCCAGCCAGCCUGUAUCCGACCAUCCGGAAGGCGCUCCGCAUGGGGUCGCUGCUGGCCUGCUCCAUCGACGUCUCCAGCGCAGCUGAAACAGAAGUCAUCACCAGCCAGAAGCUGGUCAAGAGUCACGCGUACUCUGUCACGGGAGUCGAGGAGGUGGACUUCUGUGGGCGUCCAGAGAAGCUGAUCAGACUCAGGAAUCCGUGGGGCGCGGUGGAGUGGACAGGAGCCUGGAGCGACAACGCCCCAGAGUGGAAUCACAUAGACCCCAGGCAGAAAGAAGAGCUGGACAGACAGGUGGAGGACGGCGAAUUCUGGAUGUCUUUUUCGGAUUUUCUGAGGCAAUUCUCUCGCCUGGAGAUCUGCAACCUGUCCCCGGACUCCCUGAGCAGCGAGGAGGUUCACAAGUGGAACCUGGUCCUGUUCAACGGCCGCUGGACACGGGGCUCCACCGCUGGCGGCUGCCAGAACUACCCAGCCACUUACUGGACGAACCCCCAGUUCAAAAUCCGUUUGGACGAGGUGGGUGAGCACCCGCAGGAAGGCUCGGGUGAACCCUGCUGCACGGUGCUGCUGGGCCUGAUGCAGAAGAAUCGCAGGCGACAGAAGAGGAUGGGACGGGGCCUGCUGAGCAUCGGCUACGCUGUCUACAAGGUCCCCAAAGAGCUGGAGAGUCACACAGGCUUCUUCCUGGGCCACCAGCCUUUGGCCUGUUCCAGCGCCUACAUCAACUGGCGGGAGGUCCCCGCCCGGGCCCGGCUUCCCCUGGGGGAGUACCUGGUGGGGCCGUCCACCUUCGAGCCCUCCCAGGAUGGCGACUUCUGUCCAAGGGUGUUCUCGGAGAAGAAGGCGGGGGCCCUGUGGAUUGGGGACGUGGCAGCUGGAAGCCCACACGAGCCGCGUCCCAGCGAAGUAGAUCGCGACGAAGGCCAGCCCCACGGCCGGUUUGAGAAGCUUGCAGGGAAGAGCAACGGGACGGGCACCCUGGAACUUGCGGAAUUCAAGACGCUGUGGCUGAAGAUUCAGAAAUACCUGGAGAUCUAUCUGGAAACGGAUGACAACGACUCGGGGACCAUUGAUGCCCAGGAGAUGAGGACAGCCCUCAAGAAGGCAGGCUUCACGCUCAACAACCAGGCGCAGCAGGCCAUCGCUACGCGGGCCGCGUGCAGCAAGCUCAGCGUCGACUUUGAUGGCUUUGUCACCUGUAUGAUCCACGUGGAGACCCUCUUCAAACUCUUCAAGCUUCUGGACAAGGACCGGAAUGGCAUUGUGUCGCUCUCUCUGGCUGAAGCUGUGCUGUGUGUUGGCCUGAGCCAGGGCUGUGGACUUCGGUGA